AUGUUGGUGACGUGUGUACGUUUUGCAGGCCAAGUCCCCCAGAGAUUGAAGUCCGUACUGGAGGAGACAAUGAAACCAAACUAUGAGUACAAAGAAACCGAUGACAAUAGCAUCGACGGCUCUCUAAGUCAUCUUGUGUUGAAGGAGUCCUUCAAUGAUCUAGCCUCUGUGGAGCAUUUCGUCUCUUCGACAGUGGCACGGAAUGUUGGGCUUGAUGCUUAA